ACCUAGACUUUAGACGGUGAUAACUACUGUUUUGUGUAUUUGGUCACUUUGAUCACUUGGAUACUGUUGAACUGUAGGUUCUUUGCCAUGUCUUCCUGUUCAGAAACACUCAAAAGUGAAACAGCCAGUGAACUUAAACACCACUGAAAGUAAAAUUAAAUUGUAUUUAUGUUGUAGAAUUGAUCAUAUGCUCCUAUCUCUACAGGAUCCCAUGCACCAUGCUCGAUCCGUUAGAAAAUGGCCUGUUUGACGUCCCAGAUUAUGAGCACAUAGAGGACGAGAGGUUCCCUCCUCUGCCUCCUCCAUCAUCGCCUGGUCGGGGAGACAUCGAGGAGGAUCCUUUUGGCAAUGGAGAGGGCAGAGAAUCUGAAGCUCCAUCCUCUUGCAGAAGAUGGACAACUGGGCCCAUCGCCUAUAUCCUAAAAUGCAGUUUGAGGAGUUCAUUGAUAAAGUGGAGAGUCUGGGAAGUAAAAGAGAAGUUCAGACAUGUCUAAAAUGAAUUCGAUUGGACAUGCCAAUAACGCAUGAGGACUAUGUCGAGGAGGGUGAGGGUCGAGUACUGGAAGAGUAUGAUCCAGUUGGAGACGAAGGUUUCCCUGAAGAUCCGUUUGUCUAUUCUACUCCUUCUCCAGCCUCUCUGACUGAGGAACAGCAGCGGUGCAUAGAGCUCAACAAACGGCUGGCUCUGGAGAGGAGACUUGCGAAGCAGAAACAGUUAGAAUCCUCUCAGAAUUCCAUCCAGCCAGAUGCAGAUGAACCAUCAACCAGUUUUUCAGGAAAGUACCUCAGUCAAGAGAAUCAGGCCACUUUCGAACGGAGCACCUCAGCACAAACGCCACUCAAACAAAAGUCAGCUGCUCUUCAGAAUUCCCCUUUAUAUGAUAAUGAGUGUGCUAGUCUGGUUCCAAAUGGCAUAGUUGAUGAUGAAGAUGAUAGCAAUUGAACCAGUCCUCCCCUUUUGUAGCAAGAGAACUAUGAAUAAAUUAAGUCUGUUUGGGAAGGGCAACUACAAUCAGUCGGGCUUUUUCACAUUUAACCUUAUAAAAUCUUCCCAGUCAUAUGCCAUACAUCUUUUGCAGCUCAUUGACAUGUUUGGUAAUGCCAACCUUGGGUUUGAUCACCGCUAAUGAUCUUAUACACACAUUAAUCUAAUUCAGCGUGCGUGCAUUUUGUCAUAUCAUCUUUUAUCCUCUGUGAGGAUUUUGAAAUAUAUUUGCUCAUAUUCAAAACAUUUCCCAUCAUUUUAUUCUCAGGUUCACAGUAAGCUCAGUUUGAACCUGAGAAUAAAAUCACCACUUUCUUAUUAUUGGCUAGUUUAUUAUAAUGUCCUAAUGUAAUCACACAAUACUACAGGACAAAGAGCUUUUGAGGUUGACCCAUUACUUUUUUUUUUUUUUAAAUGUCAGUCUGUCAUCACCUUCUAAUGUUACUGUCAGUUAUGUUUAUCCCUGUUCUCUUAUUUCAGUGUCAAUUUUUCUGAAUAAAAAUGUAUAAAACCCUUAAUGUGAUGUAAUUUGUGUAGAUCUAUAUUUUGAAGUACACAACUUUUACAAUCUGAACAGAUUUUAAAACACUAGGCAUCAUAUACUAAUCAACUAAGGAUCACACACUGCCAUACUUUAAAGUCGUUCGGAACACAAAAUAAAUAUGCACUUUGUUGAUAGGAGACACAUGGCAAAUGAAAAUGUUACAAAUGAUUUUUGAUUUUUAGCUCAAGACUGAUUCUGUGCAACUAAAUUGGGGCAAAACUGGGCAAAAUUGUGUAGUGUGUAUUCCAGCUUUUAGUGGAGAUGAUUAAGUGUCUUGCACAUUGAUUCAGUAGCAUCAUAGAAUAAAAAGAAAUGUGGAUCAU